CAACCAGAUGACAUCUACAGUAAAUUCAGUGUAUAACGGUUUUAAUUACUGAAUGUAUUAUAUUCAUUAUAAUCUGUGAAAAGGGGAAUCCUACAGAAUAAUCAGUAUACGUACAAUAUGAUUGGCAGAAAAAGCAGGCCCCAAAUUCUAAGUUUGCUUGGGGCCCCAAUAAUUAAGUGGGCGGGCUCUGGCUGUGACCAUUGUGCGUUGUGUCAACCGCAUCCUGCAGCUCGGAUUUUGAAGGGAAAGACCUAGCCCUUGAUUGCUAGUUCCGGUUAGCAAAACGAAGCUUUGUUUAUGUUGACACGGGGGUUUACUCGUUUGAGGCUCAAAGGUAAAAUAACUUCAUCGAUUAGUUUGUCUUUAUACCGGGGCGCUGGUUACGUUACUGCUUUUUCUAUUCUUGCAAACUGUUUUUUAGGACUUAGUUGCAAGUGUCGUGAGCACGCUUGCAUGGCAAAACAAAGGUGGAUCACAGCGUUAACCCCCAUUGUUAUUUUUUGGGGAUUGCUCAAUUUGUUCAGGGUUAGGGUUAGAUUCUUUGUUACAUAUCUUUACUCAUUUGCUCGAGCUUCUCACAGUAAAAUGUUGCCUGCAAGCCAAAGUGGGUGAAUGUACCGAUACGUAACCCUGGUGUCAUGUUUCGUUUUAAAAGGCAACAUGGAGUCUGUCUUAAAUGUUUGUCGUAAUCGUUAUGAUAUUUGCUUGAGUUUCAUGUUUGCAAAUGAUUUUUUUUUCACUUAUCAAACAAAUUACAAUCCUUGUUGUCGGUAUAUCAAUAAACCUUACCACAGUACAAGUUUAAAUAACAAGUAGUACAAGGCACGCAUAUUUGCCAGCCCCCAUCCUUUUUUAAUAUAUAAUGCAGACAACAAAAAUAAUAGGACUUUGUUUUUUAAACUGACAUUGUUCCACUGUUCCACGUCGGCACCUAUGAUUCAAAAGAUACCAACUUUCUUGUCCCUCAGAACAAUGACACCAGUCGCUUGUUUCUAAGCUUCAAAGAACGACGACAAUGAUCUUCACAUUUGCCAGCUUUGCAGCUGCUGGUAUGAGACACGUAAAGGUCUGUCCAGUCACGCUCGUUCCCAUCUGCAACAGAUGGGAAUCCCUGACGCUGACAUCAAGGGCAGCCCCAUUGACUUUCUUAAUCAGAUCAUGAAGGACAAGGGCCUCAAGUCCACCAGCAUGAAGCAACAGGUGCCUUUCUCCACAAACAGUCUGCUUGGGGCUCCCACUAAACAUCCAUCAGGGCUGUCGUCUCCACCCACAUCUCCUCCCUGUAAGCGACCAAAACCCCCUGAGGAGUUCACGUGUAUUCUUUGCGGGGAGGUGUGUAAAAAUCGGAAAGGCCUGGCUAGCCACUCACGGUCUCAUCUGCGGCAGAUUGGGGUUCUUGACCUGCUAGGGAAAGAUGAGUCCGCAAUCGACACUGUACAGGAUCUGGUGAGCAGCGGCGUGUUAGAAGCGAUGCACCCCACCAAAAUGAGCAGUACCACCAACUCCUUCACAGAACCUUCUUCAGCACCAACCUCUCAUCUAGCCUCCCCGCCACGGUCUCCCGUCACAUGGCAAUCCCGAUCCUCUUUUCCAUCCGCUUUCCCAAGCCUUGCAAAGUCUCCUCAGAACCCUGUCAAUCGGGCUCCGAAAGCAAAGAAAGGCUUUCGUCUGGCGGUGGACCCCCUCCUCAGAAAGCCCAAGCCUGAGCCUUUGGAGGUUGAUAUGUCUCUAGUGAGUGGAACCAGCUCCAGCAGCAGCAGUACACCCCCACAGAACCUAUCUGCUUUGGUAACUCCUUCCAAGGCUCUUAGUGCAGAUGAACUCUCGCCACCGACAGUCCUUUGUGACUACUGUGGUCAGCUUUUCGAGACUCGCAAAGCCCUGUCCUGCCACGCCCGCGCCCAUCUGCGCCAGCUUGGCCUCACCUGGUCCAUCAAGACCUCACCGAUUGAUCUCCUCAAGGACGUGAUGAUGCACGGUGAAGAGAAGCUUUGGUCCGGCGAGGUGUCGUCGUCAGGGAAAAUCCAGUGGAGUCCUCAAGGUUCUAAAAGGACAUCAGACAGCCUCCAGACAAUCUCCAACCUCUGCCCCUCACCUCUGGAUUACUCUAUGAAAGACAAAUCUCCAUCUUGCAAGAGUGGGGCUUUGACAUGGGGCAAAUCCUGUGAGCUCUGCGGCUUUCAUUUUGAAAACCGCAAGGCGCUAGCCAGUCACGCACGGGCCCACCUUCGACAACUGGGCGUGGUGGAAUGGAAAACAGAAGGGGCGACCUCGCCAAUAGAACACCUCAGGGAGUUGAUGCGGAAGGACCCGGUUAAGGUGGCUGCUCUCACCCGUCGCUAUCGUGAGGGUGACCUGUACAUCAAGAAGAAAACGGUUUCGCUAUCCACUUUGUCAGAUUCUGAAUCAUUGCCUGGCAGCAACCUGAGGUUCUCAGGGCAUAAAUUGGGCAAAGACGACCAGGGUGUCUCUGCUGGUUCAUCCAAAAAACCACAAGGCCAGGCACACUCUGUAGCAGUGUAUGGAAAUGCUGGUGUGCGCUCUCCAAGAGCGCUUCCAAAACAACUUCCACCGGCAGGAGAAGAAAAUGAAGACGUCACCAACUCCCAGCAACCAUCACGGUCUGGGAGCAUUCCCGCUCUGCUGCCCAAACCUCCAUUAACUCCUUUGGUCAAACUAGUCGGAAAAGUUUACUCUCUCAAGUGCAGGUUCUGUGAAAAAGUGUUUCACGGGCCGCUGUCUGUUCAAGAGCAGUGGAUCACACACCUGCAAAAACACAUCCUGUCGCUGGGCUACAAAGGUCAAGAGUCCCCCCCUGCUGCUCCAGUUGCUUCCCCAGGUCACCUCCAUCCUGUGUCUGUGUAGUUUGAAUAACUAACUCCAAAACAUAUGGAUGAAUGGAUUUAUGCUGUCAUUAAUUGAACCUCUUUGAGUUUACGCCAAUAUCACUCCCUGACACAUUGCUAUUUAAAUGAUCUGCCGUGUUACGUUUGUAAAAACACCAUCAACAACAACAGUGAAUUGUGCAACUUGAAUAAUAGCAACUUUGUAAUAGACCAAAUCUCAUUUUAGCUUUACGUGCCCAGAAGCUGCACCUUUGCGUGUAUAAUCCUUGUGUAAACACUUUAUUUUGUUUUAUAAACCCAUUUCACUGUGACAAAAAGUUAUAUUUUAAGUGUUUAACCUAAAUAUGUCAAAAGACAUAAAAAUGGAUUAUCAUACAUGACUUUAGAGAGUCUCUCCAAAACCUGAUUUUCAGUCUUUGAGAUCUUUUUACUCAUCCCACUCAUUAUUGAUUUUUAUGUAAAUUAAAUUCUGUUUUGUGUA